CCAGAACUUGGUGAGCAGAAGAAAAAAGUUACAGAGGAGAAAGAGAGAGAGAGUUUCAACUGGGGAGGAAAAGGGAUUAUGGUGGAUCAUGACACGCCAUUAAAGAAAUUGAUGAAUUGUGCGGUACUCACUGAUGUUUUAGAAACCAGAACAUUUAGCAGCUUGGAUUUAUGGUACUUGAGGUUUUAGUUGAGGCCUGAUCAGAGAGGUGUUAGUCAAGUGAGAUAGAUGGAGUCUGCAAGGCGUUGGUUUGGUAAAUUCCGAUCAAAAGAUAAGCAGAAGAGUUCAAAGAAGAAUGAAGCUACAAGUAAUGGAAAAGAAGGGUCAAAAGCACUACCAAGUGAGGAAAUACCUUCAGACGCCACUAAGCAGAAGGUUGAAGCUGCUAAGCAGUAUAUAGAAAAGCAUUAUAAGGAGCAAAUGAAGAACCUGCAGGAGCGGAAGGAGCGACGAAAUAUGCUGGAAAGGAAAUUGGCGGAUGCUGAGGUUUCUGAAGAAGAGCAAAACAACAUCCUGAAGUAUCUAGAGAAUAAGGAAAGAGAAUAUAUGCGUCUUCAAAGGCAUAAAAUGGGCGCUGAUGAUUUUGAGCCACUGACAAUGAUAGGAAAGGGCGCAUUUGGAGAGGUUAGAGUAUGUAGGGAGAAGACAACAGGUCAUGUAUAUGCCAUGAAAAAGCUUAAGAAGUCGGAAAUGCUUCGCAGAGGCCAGGUUGAACAUGUCAAAGCAGAAAGGAAUCUACUUGCGGAGGUCGACAGCAAUUGCAUUGUCAAGCUUUAUUGUUCCUUCCAAGAUGAGGAGUAUCUCUAUCUCAUUAUGGAAUACCUACCUGGUGGAGAUAUGAUGACUUUACUUAUGCGGAAGGAUACAUUAACUGAAGAUGAGGCCAGGUUUUAUGUUGGGGAAACAGUCCUAGCUAUUGAAUCCAUCCAUAAGCAUAAUUAUAUUCAUAGGGAUAUCAAGCCCGACAACUUGCUACUUGAUAGAUAUGGCCACAUGAAAUUGUCGGAUUUUGGAUUAUGUAAACCACUGGACUGCAGUAAUCUACAUGAGAAGGAUUUUACUGUGGGAAGUAACCUUAGUGGGGCUCUUCAAAGUGAUGGACGGCCUUUAAAGCCAAAGCGCACCCAGCAGGAGCAACUGCAGCAUUGGCAGAGGAAUAGGAGGAUGCUUGCUUAUUCCACUGUGGGGACACCUGAUUAUAUCGCUCCAGAAGUUUUGCUGAAGAAAGGAUAUGGAAUGGAAUGUGAUUGGUGGUCUCUUGGUGCUAUUAUGUACGAAAUGCUUGUGGGAUAUCCACCUUUUUAUUCAGAUGAACCUAUGUCUACCUGCAGGAAGAUAGUGAACUGGAGAAGUCAUUUAAAAUUUCCAGAAGAAGCAAAGCUAUCUCCAGAAGCAAAAGAUCUUAUUUGUAAACUUUUAUGUAAUGUAGAUCAGAGGCUUGGUACCAAAGGCGCAGAUGAAAUAAAGGCUCACCCAUGGUUCAGAGGUAUUGAAUGGGACAAAUUGUAUCAAAUGAAAGCUGCAUUUAUUCCAGAAGUUAAUGAUGAGUUGGAUACCCAGAAUUUUGAGAAGUUUGAAGAGAGUGAUAAUCAAAUGACGACCACAACAAAAUCAGGUCCAUGGAGGAAGAUGCUUCCGUCUAAGGAUGUCAACUUCGUGGGCUACACAUAUAAAAACUUCGAAAUCGUGAACGAUCAUGAGGUUCCUGGAAUUGCUGAAUUGAAGAAGAAGAGUACAAAACCUAAGAGGCCCACUGUGAAGUCCCUUUUCAAUGAAGAGUUGGAUUCUGCUUCGGCUCAACCUGCUCAAGGGAGCUUUCUCAACCUGUUGCCUCGACAACUAGAAAUCUCGAAGAAGGGCGAACCCGUCUAA